UCAUUGAGUCAUUGUUUGCGCGAUGUUUUCCGUCCUCUGCUUUCCGUCGCUUCUCAUCUUCAUAUCACCCGCCGUCGCCGAGAUCGGUCUUUCCAUCUCUCCGUUCGCGCCGUCCGUCCACCAGCCCUCGCAUCACCAGUUUGUGCUCACCUGCAAGGGAUUCGGCGCCGUAAGCUCUGUCCACACCUGUUCCCGCCUCACUCUCCCUCUCUUAUUACAGGAGCCCAACCUCUUCUCGAACCUCCGAUGGUUCGAUCCGCGCGGCGAAGAGAUCACCAGAACGUAUUCAAAAGCGACCAAUGCCGACAUCCGCGUCGAGGAGUUGCAGUUCGGCGUCAUUUUGCUGCACUUCUUGAACCCGUUUCCCGACAACUCCGGCCAAUACCGCUGUUCGGCCACUUUCCAGCAUUCC